AGUGACUCCCCACCCCGCUUUCCCCUUCUUCUCUCUUUAAAUUCUGUGUAUAUCUGUUUUCUGUAUCUGAAUUGAAUUGAAUUGUAAGCAAUGUGAUUAGAAAGGCCGUAAUGAUUGAUGAUUAAUCAGAUAUAUUGUAGGCUUUUUCGCAUUCGAAUUCUGUCGUAAUUCUCCACCCGACCAAUGGUCGCCCCCAGCUGAGCAUUUGGUAUGUGUUUUUCUAGCAUCAGACCAACGCGGCAACUAUUCCGAUCUCGCCUGAGCGAUUACGGCGCUGUUUUCGACGAUGGGUUGUUUCUUUGGUUGUUUCCGGUUUGGCCGCGACGGUUCUGCUCCUCCCUCUGAUCAUGCUUCUCGCUCUACCUUCGGUUCCAAAUCUCUGACCCCUACCGCUCCCGAACCUGUUGCCUCAAGGAAUCGGAGUCCUCUUUCUUCAUUAUUUGUUUCUGAAGAAAAUGAUGAAGAGAAAAGUAAUUUGCAAUCCAAGGAAGUUGAGAAGCAGGGCUGUGGAACUCCAGAGCUCGAGUUUGAUGUAAAAGAGCUCAAGGAUCAGGCCAAGUUCCUUAAAGCUUGUGGAACCAUACCUGAGACCCCAAUUGAAAUUCGGAAACUCUCUGAGAAAUGCAAGGACUUAUCAACUCACAAUGGUGAAGUGGAUCCUCUGAAAUUCCAUUCGUGGCUCCUCAACUCUUCCAUUGAGAAGCAAAAUCUGGUUUCACAGCCUGAUCAGUCUCCCAAACCUACAAAAGAUUGCGAGGAUUGGGUAAAAGAAUCAGAUUCUCCUGUCCAUACACCUAGCAGCUGCAUGACUUUUGAAGAGAAGAGUAAUAGUCCUACUGUCACAUCAGCUUCACCAACAACAGUGCCUCCUAGCACUACAUGUAGGCAAAGAUCUGUUCGUUUUGACUGUAAGACAGAUAUGUACUCAACCUUGUCAAAAAGUUCUUUUGAAGUUGAUAGUCCAAACUCAAAGGCAUCUCCCUAUCCUACUCCCCUAAAACUAACUGAUGAGAUGCAAACACCUGGAACGGUUUUUCCAACACAUGUAGACAAUUUGGCAAAUGGAAGAUUUCCUCGCAUCAGGUCUCAGUAUGUGUAUUCCAUUUUAAACCCCAUAGAGAGUGCUUCUCAGUUGAAGGAAGUGAUAAAUGAAGAUUCAGAAUCCAGUCAAGUUUCUAAUUCCAAAUUAUUGUUCAGUGACAUGGGAGAAUCUGUUGAACCAUCCAGUGAAGCAAACGCUACCUCAGAAAUUGGACUCAGAGAAACCUCAACUGAGAACAAUUUGAAUGUUGAAGCAAGUUUAUCUUCUUGGCUUAAACCAUCACUCAGACAAAGUAGUACCCAGCCUUUUGGUAGAAGUAUUCAUCACGGCAAAACACUGGGAGAUAGGCCUAUCCUUGGAAUGGUUGCUGCUCACUGGAAUGAAAACGAAACAUCUCAUGUCUCGCCUAAAUGGUGGGAUGGAAAUGGAAUCCCAAAUUCAACUCACAAGUACAAAGAGGACCAAAAAGUAAGCUGGCAUGCAACACCAUUUGAGGAGAGAUUGGAGAAGGCAUUGUCUGAAGAAUCACUUGUCUCACAAAGGAAAAGGAUGAGUGGUUCACCAAUCAGCUUCAACGAAACUGAGGAAUCAGAUACAGCUCUAUCUCAGCUGCAUAAUGGCAAUCAAUCUCAUCAUUCAUAGUUUUAAAUUUGCUUAUUUGUAGCAUCAUCCCUCCCUGCAUUUCAAGUCUGAUUUUGUAAUUGAUGUAAACAUGAUGUUGGGGAAGUCAUUUUUUCUGGUCUUGCAUUAAUGCCAUCAGUCAGGAGCUCUCUGGUAUAUCUUGGCAUUGUGAUUUUUGUGGGAAACUUUCAGAAAAGUGAAGCUGAAGUUGGAUUGCUAUUGUUUGCUUUA